AUGUUCAGCAAAAUUGUAGCCUUCGGAGCUCUGAUAGCGGCUGCCAACGGUGGCCUCCUUCAUGGACAUGGCGCUGCCAUAUCUUCUCAAAACAUAAUCCACCAUGAUGCGGGCUACGGUGCCGCUCCUUUAUCUCUAGCCCACGGUGUUCAAUACGCCCCCGUAGCUCAUUAUGCCGCUCCAGCUAUAUCCUAUGGUGGCCAUGAUUACUAUGCUCAUCCCAAAUACGAUUACUCGUACUCGGUAGCAGACCCACACACUGGUGACCACAAGUCUCAACACGAAAUCCGCGAUGGCGAUGCAGUGCACGGAUCUUACUCUCUGCUCCAACCUGAUGGCUCCGUCCGUACCGUAGACUACACCGCCAACGAUCACACAGGUUUCAACGCUGUGGUACAUAACUCGGCCCCGGCUGUGCACCCUGCACAUUCUCAUGGCCACUAUUACUAA